AACCAAAUUUCCUCUAGCCAUGCAGAUCGCUAUUGCUCAUCUCUCCACCUCUGCUCCUUUCUCUUUCUCGUCCUCUUCUUCUUCUUCUCUUCUGUUAUUUCAGCAAAGACGACUAAAGUUCCUUACCUGGAUCCAAGACUCUCGAUUGAAGAUCGAAUAUCAGAUCUCCUCUCUCGCAUGACAACUCAAGAAAAAAUCGGUCAAAUGGCCCAAAUCGACAUAACCGUUGCCUCUCCUAACGUUCUUAUAAAUCAUUCAAUAGGGAGUGUGUUGAACACCGCAAUAACUGUUCCAAGCCCAGACACGACCCCAACGAUGUGGGCGGACAUGAUCGAUGGGUUCCAGAAGGCUGCCUUGUCAACUAGACUUGGGAUACCAAUCCUUUAUGGCGUCGACGCCGUCCAUGGCCACAAUAACGUCUUUGGUGCUACCCUCUUUCCUCAUAACAUCGGCCUUGGAGCUGCAAGAGAUGAGGGUUUAAUGGUGAGGAUCGGAAGAGCCACUGCCUUGGAGGUUCGGGCCACUGGAAUUCCAUACGCUUACGCUCCCAGCGUUGCUGUGUGUAGGGAUCCACGGUGGGGCCGGUGCUACGAGAGCUAUAGUGAGGAUACUCAAAUCGUGAGAAGCAUGGCCAAGUUCAUACUGGGCCUACAAGGCUACCCUUCACACAAUCACACCCUCGGUUACCCCUUCCUUGCCCCUGGGGGAAGAAACGUCUUGGCUUGCGCAAAACACUACGCGGGCGAUGGUGGGACACAAGACGGGGUCGACGAGGACAACACGGUGACCACCUACAACGACUUGUACCGCAUCCACAUGACGCCUUAUAUUGACUCAAUCACCAUGGGGGUGUCAACGGUGAUGGCUUCUUACUCCAGCUGGAACGGCAUCAAGAUGCACACCAACGCUUUCCUCCUCUCUCGCAUCCUCAAACAAGAGAUGUCCUUUCAGGGUAUGCUCAUAUCAGACUUGGAAGCAAUUGAUAAGAUCACAAACCCACCAGGUUCACACUACAACGAGAGCCUAAAGGCAGCUAUCAAUGCCGGGAUCGACAUGGUCAUGAUCCCUUUCAAAUAUCGACGAUUCUUCACAGACAUGACAAAGCUCGUGUUAUCCAGUGAGAUUCCGAUUAGUAGGAUUGACGAUGCCGUGAGAAGAAUCCUACGGGUGAAGUUCACCGCCGGACUGUUCGAGAAGCCCAUGGUUGAUCGAUCCCUUCUUCAGAUGGUUGGACACAAGAGGCAUAGGAAAUUAGCAAGAGAAGCAGUAAGAAAGAGCUUGGUGUUGUUGAAGAAUGGGAAUAAGAUGCUUCCAUUGGACAAGAAUGCCCCUAAGAUUAUGGUGGUCGGUUCCCAUGCGCACAACAUAGGCCUCCAAUGUGGAGGAUGGACUCUAACAUGGCAAGGCAACUCAGGCAACAUCACCAAAGGAACAACAAUCCUUGAAGGAAUAAAGAAGGCAGUCAGCAAGCGGACUCGGGUUGUGUUCCAAGAGAAACCUGACAAGAAAUAUGUUGAUGAGAACCAGGAUUCAACCUACGCUAUCGUGGUUGUUGGCGAGGUACCCUAUGCAGAGUUACAUGGGGACAGCAAGGAGCUCAGGCUAGCACUCGAUGGUGAGGAGACAAUCAAGACAGUGUGCAGUGAGGUGAAAUGUCUGGUCAUCAUCGUGUCGGGUCGACCCAUUGUGAUAGAGCCGUAUGUAGACAUGAUGGAGGCAUUGGUGGCUGCUUGGCUGCCGGGUACUGAGGCUGGAUUAGGGAUUGCUGAUGUUGUAUUCGGACAUUAUGAUUUCCAAGGUAGGCUUCCAAGGACAUGGUUCCGCCGGGUUGACCAGCUGCCCAUGAAUUUCGGAGACCAACAUUAUGACCCGUUGUACCCAUUCGGCUAUGGACUCCAAAUGGGUAUCCAGUCGCAUAAAAGGAGCAACUUUGAUUCACCUUCCGAAGCAUCAACAUCUUUUUCUUCUAUUUGAUUGGUUACGAUAGUGAAAAUCUUUGGA